AUGGCAUACCCGCCCCCUCCAGGUAUCUCAAGCGGGCCUUCCGCCGGCAAUCCGUCCUCUCACCCCUCCCUGCCCGCACGGCCGCCCCCGUCCAAGACCUCCGGAGGCUUCAAGCCCGCCUUCAAACCCGCGUUCGGCGCGGCAGCCUCCCCAGCGGCAGCGCCCACCUAUUCGAGCGCAUCAAGCUACACGCCAGCGCCCGCCCCCAACUAUGGCACCUCCUACCAGUCCUAUCCGCAACACUCCUCGCCCGCGGUAGGGAGCGCAGGGCCCUAUCAGACACCGCCAUCCUCAUACAACCAAUACCCACAAGCCGGCGCCGGUGCCGGUGCCGGUGCCAGCUACGGUCAGGCCACGAGCUACAAUGCGCCGCCUUCCACGUACGGCGCUGCCCCGCAGAUCCGUAACCCUUUCCCGAUCCCCGGCAGCGCCACCGACUACGACCCCGACAUGGCGAUGCAGAUAGCCCAAUGGCAGAGCGCAUACAGCUCCCGGGAUGCGACGAACAGAGACGUCGUCGGCGGUCCCGGCGGUCGCGGCGCCCCGGCGACGGGCGGCUCGGCGGCGGUCCCCUCCGUCGUGCCCGACCCCGCAGCAGUCGCCGCGGCAGCGGCAGCGGCGAACCAGCCCCCGGAGCGCAAGAAGACCGUCGUCCGAGAGGGCGGCGGCAAGAAGUGGACGGACGAUACCCUGACCGAGUGGGACCCAAGCCACCUGCGCCUUUUCGUCGGCAACCUCGCGGGCGAGGUGACGGACGAGUCUCUUCUCAAGGCCUUUGCGCGGUGGAAAUCCGUGCAAAAGGCGCGCGUCAUCCGCGACAAGCGCACCGCCAAGUCAAAGGGCUACGGCUUCGUCUCCUUCAGCGACGCCGACGACUUCUUCCAGGCCGCCAAGGAGAUGAACGGCAAAUACAUUCAGAGCCACCCCGUCACGGUCCGCAAGGCCAACACGGAGAUCAAGAUCACCAAUGUCAAGGAGAAGAACCAUCACAACAACCGCAAGAACAAGAACAAGAAGCACUCCGGCAACGGCGGCAGCGGCAGCAAGCAUGCCGGCGAGGGUACCGGAUACGAGCCCCACCUCGGCCCCGUGCACAGCCACGGCGUCACCAAGCCGGGGCAGAAGACCAAGAACGGCCUCAAGCUGCUCGGGUGA